GUUUCACAUAAAUUUUAUACGACGUCAAUUAAUAUAUUUCGAUUGGAUUUUCUAACAUUUUGGGCACAAAUAUAACAAGAAAUGUUUAAAUGCCGCCCCACCGGCGAAUGGAUGAGCUACGAUGCCAAUAUGCCGACACCAACAUCAGUUACACAUGAAAUGCUUGAAGCCGGCCGGAAAGCGACAACAAAUAUACGCAUAAUCGCUAGAAAACAACUCAACUUUCAAUCGUAUCCAAUGAAUGACUUCCGCUUCGAUUUGUUGCACUUCGAUAAGCCUAAAGAGUUUCAAAAUAUCUCCACAUAUAAACGUGACUAUGUGGAGCCGGUGCCAUCGCGGUGCAAGCCGAAAAAUGUGCAUGAUGUAGAAUCGCCAGAUCCACUUUUCAACCGUCGAACUGUGAAUGAUUUCGAAAUGGUGCCGUGGGUGGAUACCAAGUUUAUGGACGAUAAAGUGUUUAAUAUCUCAGAGUCACGUCGUAAAAUCAACUUCUUUAGACAAUUGCGAAAUCGUAGUUUCCAAUUUUAAUAUAGUUGCAAUGGAAAUUGGAGACAAGUUGGGUGCUACUAAUAUUGUACAUUGAUACAAAGAACAUUUUUCUGGCAUAUACACAAGCAAAUUAAUAUUGAUGGAAUGAAGUUAUUAAAACAUUACCUGUUUAUUUCGCAGUUCAAGUUGUGUCCAAUAUCUGAACUUCAUGACCGUAGCCCACUUCCUGCGGAAGUUUGAGUCUUGCAGUUGCGGAUAUAGGAAACAAAUGCUGUACAAACGCACAAACCAUCUUAUGUGCUGUGGCCCAGUCAUUCUUUAUCUUUACAAAAUCCAUAUUAAAAACAUAUACACACAUUUUAUAAUGUGCGUUAUGUAAACUAAAACACUUUUUGACUGUUUAUUGCACUUUAAAUAAAUUUAAACGUUUGUAAAACACUAAUUUAUCAAAUUUUCAUUUCUCUCAGUCGAAUUUUCCAGAUUAGAAGAAUAACGCGCCAUUUUACAAUGAAGCUUCAGGCGCGACGUCUAGCGGUACAAAGAAGAUAAGCUGUGUUUCAUAAACGCGCAGUGUUGCUUGUAAAGGCAUUAUAUAUUCCAAUCAGAAUUUGCAGAAGUUAUAUUUAAAACGGCGGUUUCUAUACACGUGUACAUUAUAAUCAAACGUACAUUUUACGAAUGCCGCCAUCGCAACACUGUUUGUGUCGAGUGGGAAAAGUUUGUUUCGCCAAUUGACAUUUUCUUUUUGGGAGUUUUGUUCGAAAACUGUAAA